UACCCACCCGCUAUGAUGUCGCAGGCCGCAUCAGGCCAUCGGUUUCACGGGGCUGAGACCGUAGACCGUGGCUGCCGGCAGAGCAAACAGACGUAUGUAUGUACUGCACCGCACCGCACCGCAGCAUGUGGGUGUGCACAUACAUACAUACAUUACACGUCCGGAUGUCACCGCAUGCCCGCCGCUCAGCCAGAUCUGGGGUAAAGGGAAAGGGUGUGUGCUCGCAGCUGUCGUGGGCGAUCCCCCGCAUUUCACCGCCUGGCUCUGUUGUGUCGCUCGCGCUCAGAUAGGGGGCGCGUGGGGUGACCGCAAGCAGGCUCGGUUUCUGCCUACCUGGUCUAGGCCCAAGUCGACUUCGGUCUUGCCUCUGGAAAAAGAAAGAGCAGUGAAAACAAUCCGGCCGCUUUCCAAGCUCUUCCAUCUCGUUCUCCGACGAUCCGCGGCAGAUCAGACAACUGUGCAAUAUCAUCCUUCUCCGGUCAGCCGGUCAGUAAAGAGUCCAAGCCUCAGGGUAGCCCGGCUCCUCCCUUUAUCCCGCACUCCUGAUCCUUCGUCGUUCGAACUUGGCCGUUGUUGCGAGCCACUCGGAGAGCUGGGCCGAGAGUUACGGGUGCCGGGGCCGGCUCGGAUAAGACGGCGAGGGAGAGGCAGCGAUGGAGGAAUGGGACCGGGACCUAUUCGGGACGGGGUUAGCCAGGACCGCGCCGACCCGCGAGCCGAGCCGAACACUCCACCGCAUCCCGGCUCCUUGGGCCAUAGUAUAACUUGAGCCCCCCGGUAUCGUUCUUGAUAAACCGUAACCGUUGGGUCAUCAUGUAGCUAAGGCCGGCCAGUCUGUCGACGCCAACUCUCGUCCCAAGCAACCAAGACGCAACCAAGAAUAACGCAAACGUAG